AUGCACCUGCGUACUUUCUCUCUCGACAUUUUCGUGGCUGAAGGCCUGAAACUCAAUCCUGUUGCAUUGACACUGGAAGCGGCUACUGCCGGAAAACGAAGACUUUCCACAGCCUCCGUCCGCCUGUGCCUGUGCCGCCGCCGUCGCACCACUCAUUAUUUCUUACACUCUCUUCCCCCUCCACUCCUCGACCAACACUGCCUCUGCCGCUCUCUCAACCACUUCCUUUCGCAUCGACGCCGCCGCGUCACCUACACCGCCUUCCUCCACCAGGUUGACUCACUUUCAUCUUCUAUACAACCUCUCUAUCCAAAUCUUUCGAAAAACGACGUCGCAUUUAUACUCUCACCGCCAUGUCUUCAUGUCCCGGUUUUGUAUUUCUCACUUCUUUCACUUGGAUUCACCAUUUCACCGGCGAAUCCUUUGUCCUCACCGGACGAGUUGAUCACCAGAUUAAACUCAGUAAACCGUCCAUCGCCACCGCCACCGCCGCCCACAAACUCCCUGGACACCUCCCCGGAAUUCUACUCUAUGCUCUCAUGUGUCAAUAAUUCGUGUGCCUACAAUUAUUGA